AUGAAGCUUACUUUCAAGGAUCUCAAGCAGGAGAAGUUUGUGAUCGAGGUCGAGCCCUCCGAGACUGUCCGGCAGGUGAAGGAAAAGAUUGCCCAGGAGAAAGGCGAAUAUGGCGCGGAUCGGAUCAAAGUGAUCUACUCUGGCAAAAUUCUGCAGGAUGAUAAGACGGUCGAGUCCUACAACAUCCAAGAGAAGGAUUUUUUGGUCUGCUUGUCUGCCAAGCAACCCAAGGCUGCCUCUUCCUCGGCUGCUUCUUCGGUUCCCUCGACGCCUGCCGCCAGGGCCCCUGCAUCGACGCCUGCUGCCCCCGCUCCUGCCGCUCCCGCGCCUGCUACUCGUUCCACCCCCGCUGCACCGGCGACCCCAUCUCCCGCUGGCACUGGCGGUGCUACGCAGUCAAAUGAGCCCGCUGCCUUUGGUGACCCCUCUGCGUUAACCAUGGGCGGCGCUGCUGAGGGUGCCAUGCAGCAGAUGGAGGCGAUGGGAUUCGAAAGACCCAUGGUGGAACGUGCUAUGCGUGCUGCAUUCUUCAACCCAGAUCGUGCUAUUGAAUAUCUGCUGAACGGUAUUCCCGAGAGCGCCCAGCGCGAGCAGCAACAACACCAGCAACAGCAGGAGCAAGGCGCUGCUCAAACCGAAACUGCGGAUGUCGGGGGCGCGACCGGUGGAGAGGAGCCCUUCAACAUGUUUGAGGCUGCUGCCCAGGCUGGUGAAGGUGGCCGUGGUGGCGCGCGGUCGGCGGGUGCUGGCGGUGCGGCUGGCAGUGAUGCAAACCUGGACUUCCUUCGCAGCAAUCCCCACUUCCAGCAACUCCGCCAGCUGGUACAGCAGCAGCCCCAGAUGCUCGAGCCGAUCCUGCAACAGGUCGCCGCCGGCAACCCCCAGAUUGCCCAGAUCAUCGGGCAGAACUCUGACCAGUUCCUUCAGCUGCUUGCUGAGGACCUUGGCGAUGAGGAGGAGGCUCUGCCUCCCGGCACCCAGGCGAUCUCGGUUACAGAGGAGGAGCGUGAUGCCAUCGAGCGUCUAUGCCGUCUGGGUUUCCCCCGGGAUUCCGUCAUCCAGGCCUACUUCGCCUGCGACAAGAACGAGGAGCUAGCCGCCAACUUCCUCUUCGACCAGCCUGACGACGACGAGGAGUAA